CUCCCGCUUUCUCUCCCCAAUUCGCCCUCACCUCGCCGCCUCCCCCCUUGACCGCCACCGUUGACCUCGUCUUCCGGCGAGGUAGCUCGCCGGAAGACCCCCCACCUCGCCCUCCCCGACGCAGCCUCACCCCCUGCAGCCCUCCGGAAUGGUCGCCGGCUUCUAACUCGCCCGCGCCCCGAUCUCCGCUUGCUUCCUCGACAGCCCCAUCCGCCUCCUCUCGUUCUCACUACGGCUCCUCUGCCUGCUCGCCAUGGCGAUCCGCAUCACCGUGUCCUACUCCGGCUACGUGGCGCAGAACCUCGCCGCCUCUCUCGGACAUCGCUUCUCCUCGGCCUCGGCCUUCGCCACCGGCAGCCGCCUCGUCCACGACGGCGCCUGGCGCCCAUUCUGCAUCUUCACCUCCGCCCGCCAGCCCGAGCAGCACCACAGCCGCGGCAGCGGCAGCGACCGCCAUGACGGCGGAGACCACAACCACCCCAAGCCCCAGGCAAUCGCCGCCGGAGCUCACUCGCUGCUGCUCACGCGGGCGUGCCUGACGUCCAAGUCGCCGCCGCCGUCUCUCGCCGUGGGGCUGCUGUCGGUUCUCACACAAGGGAUAGGGCCGGCGGCUGGGAUCACCGGAUCGGCGGCGUCUCUGUCAGGCUCGUCGUCGAUUUCCCUCGGCUUCAACCCCACGUCCUUCCUCCCGUUCCUGCAGACGUCGAAGUGGCUCCCCUGCAGCGACCUUGCCACCUCGUCGUCUUCGGCGCCCUCUUCCCCUCCCCAUCCCUCCAAGAAGGCGUUGAUUGGUGGUGCUAGUUCCAGUGCUGGCUCGUCUGGUCCUGCGGGAAUUGCGACGAGCAGUGGUGCUAGUGCAGCGAUGAGCAGGAGCAACUGGCUGUCGAGGUGGAUGAGCUCCUGCUCCGAUGACGCCAAGACGGCGUUUGCAGCUGUGACCGUGCCACUCCUCUACGGCUCGUCCCUGGCCGAGCCGAGGUCCAUCCCGUCCAAGUCCAUGUACCCGACCUUCGAUGUCGGCGAUCGGAUUCUUGCCGAGAAGGUCUCGUACAUAUUCCGGGAACCGGAAAUUUUGGACAUUGUAAUCUUCCGGGCUCCCCCAGCUCUUCAGGCUUACGGCUACAGCUCAGGGGAUGUUUUCAUCAAGAGAGUUGUGGCCAAGGGAGGAGACUACGUCGAAGUGCGCGAUGGCAAGCUAUUGCUUAAUGGAGUAGUUCAGGAUGAGGAUUUUGUGCUGGAGCCACACAACUACGAGUUGGGACCGGUGCUUGUACCCGAAGGUUACGUGUUCGUGCUGGGAGACAACCGCAACAACAGCUUUGAUUCCCACAUCUGGGGUCCGCUCCCAGUAAGGAACAUCGUCGGGAGAUCUCUGCUCCGGUACUGGCCGCCGUCCAAGAUAACCGACACGAUCCACGAGUACGAGCCCGAUGCAGCGCGCCAUGCGGUGCCAUCCUGAUACCUAGCUAGUUUGCUCCAGCGACGCUGGAGAGACGAUGCUUACAAUAACAAUUCCAUGGAGCUCGCUCCACUGAUGAGCCGAGCUCCAGUUCUUUUUGUUGCUCUCGGAAUAAUUUGUUUCCCUGAGUGUUGUCUGUAAAUUCCCUUUGGCUGACCGAUUGGUUUAUUCCCCGUUGGCACGUGCUUGUUUGGAGCACCUGUCGAAAGUGUAACGCCUUGCAAUUCGCAAGCUAGAAAUGAUAAGUACCUCCUAUAUAUGCAAGUAUAUAGCAACUGCUGAAAGGAGCAUUUGAGCUC